GGAGGAUACCCCCGAGCCCAUCGACACCAACAUCAUCGGCAGAAUCCCACAGUGGAUCAAUGGGAGCUUCUUGAGAAAUGGGCCUGGGAAGUUUGAGAUCGGAAACCAGAAGUUUAACCACUGGUUUGAUGGUAUGGCUCUCCUGCACCAAUUCAAAAUCUCUAACGGUCAGGUGACUUACAAAAGCCGCUUCCUGUCCAGUGACAGUUACCAAGCCAACAAGGAGCACAACCGCAUCACAGUGUCUGAGUUUGGGACUGUGACCAUGCCGGACCCCUGUAAAAACUUCUUCCAGCGCUUCCUGUCAAGAUUCGAAUUACCAAGUGAGCCUCUUCCCACAGAUAAUGCCAAUGUGAGCUUUGUGACCUACAAAGGUGAUUAUUAUGUCAGCACGGAAACCAACGUCAUGCACAAGGUGGAUCCUGAGACACUAGAGACAACCAAAAAGGUGGACUGGAGCAAAUUCAUUGCUGUGAAUGGAGCCACCGCACACCCUCACACUGAGCCUGAUGGAACAACCUACAACAUGGGGAAUUCCUACACCACCAAAGGAGCCUACUACAACAUCAUCCGAGUGCCUCCAACCAAGAAAACAGAAGAGGAAACUCUUGAGGGAGCCACAGUGCUGUGCUCUAUUCCUUCAGUGGACAAGACUAAACCCUCCUACUACCACAGCUUUGCAAUGUCGGAGAACUACGUGGUGUUCAUUGAGCAGCCCAUCAAGAUGGACCUGUUAAAGAUUGUGACAGGAAAGCUGAGAGGGAAAAGCAUCAGUGACGGCUUUUCCUGGGACCCAAAACUCAACACUAUCUUCCACCUGAUUCACAAGCAGACGGGGAAGGUAAGGCCUGGACCUUGAUAUCUCGCCAAGCCGCUGUCAACCUUCCACCAGAUCAACGCAUAUGAAGAAGACGGAUUCUUGAUCAUCGAUAUGUGUGCUUCAGAUGAUGGACAGGCAAUCACCAACUACAACGUCCAGAACCUGCGCAAGUCUGGAGAAGCUCUUGAUGAGGUGUAUAACACUUUGUGCAGAGUGUUCCCACGGCGUUUCGUGCUGCCUCUCAAUGUGGAACGUGAUACACCCUAUGACCAGAACUUGAACCGGCCCAACACAACAGCCACUUCUGUAAGAAUUGCCAAGAACAAGGUGUUCUGUACCCAUGAGGACCUCCAUGGAGAAGAUCUACAGCAAUAUGGUGGUCUGGAGUUCCCUCAGAUCAACUAUGCCAAGUACAACACCCACCCCUACCGCUACUUCUAUGGCUGCGGCUUCAGACACCUUGUAGGAGACACACUGAUCAAGAUGGACCUUCAUGGGAAACACAUGAAGGUGUGGGAACAACCUGGUCUUUAUCCCUCUGAGCCGGUCUUCGUACCCUCCCCCAAUGCCACAGAGGAAGACGAUGGUGUCGUCUUGUCUGUUGUCAUUACUCCAAAUAAGGACAAGAGUACAUUCCUACUGGUUUUAGAUGCCAAGACGUUCGAGGAGCUGGGGCGGGCUGUGGUCCCUGUUAACAUCCCCUAUGGGUUCCACGGGACAUUCAAUGCCACAGCUUAGACACGUGAGGAAGAAAUAAAUGAAGACAGCUCUGAUCUCACAUAAAUGGAGAGAAGUCAUGGCAGAUGUCAUACAUUGUAAAUAUCGUCUUUGAUGUUUUGUCUCUUUCAUACAUGAAAAGUUAGAGGUCUCUACAUGGGUAUGAAUGUAUAGUUUGCUUGGAUUGUUAUAUACAGCUAUUAUAUUAAGUUAUCUAAGUAAGCUGUUUUUUCUUUACUUUAAACCAUUUUUUGAAUAUUUCCAUUCAAGUACAUUUACAG